CAUAUCGAUGCUGCGUCAGACGAGCUGAAUAAUCUGCAUGUUACACCGUGUGGAGCACUGGCUGCCCACGCAAUCAACGCCAUGAAUUUCCCUAACCAGCCGAUUUUACUCAGUGCGAGAACCACCUCGGCAAGCGACCCUCCCCAACCUCCACAGAGGAUACACAGUGACAUCAAUACGAUGGCAAAACUCUAUAAGAGACCAGCUCCGGAACGAGAUUGACACGAGUCUACAUCGCCUACCUCCCCCCCUCGAACAACAAAAAGACACUCAAGCCACUCGCCAUGGAGUCCAAGGAGAUUUACGAUCAAGUCAAUAAGCGGUACGGCUCGGUCACUCAGAGCACCACCGGUAAAUAUGAGCAGACCAUUGCCGAAGCUUUCGGUUACAGAGCAGAAGAACUAGCUACCAUUCCCCAAGACGCAAACCUUGGGUUGAGCUGCGGCAACCCGUUGGCGCUUGCAAAGCUGACAGAGGGCGAGACCGUCAUUGACUUCGGAUCUGGUGCAGGCUUUGAUGUCUUCCCAGCCGCGAAGAGGGUUGGUCCAACCGGAAAGGCUAUUGGGAUUGAUAUGAACAAGAACAUGAUCGACAGAGCCAAUGCUAACGCUGCGAAAAUGGGAUCCACCAAUGCCCAGUUCAUCGAGAGCGUCAUCACUUCUGUCCCUCUGCCAGACACUACCGCCGACUGCAUCAUUAGCAACUGCGUAAUCAACCUCGUCCCCGUCGGAGAGAAGCAACAAGCAUUCAACGAGAUGUUCCGGUUGCUUAAGCCUGGCGGCCGAGUUGCUAUCAGCGACAUUCUGGCGCGCAAGAAGUUUACCACUGAGAUCGAGAACAACGUUGCUCUAUAUGUCGGAUGUGUCGCAGGAGCUAGUCAGGCAGUCGAGUAUGAGAAGUUUCUCAAGAACGCGAGCUUCAGCGACGUUCUCAUCGUCGACACCAAGAGCGACCUGAAUGUUUACGUUACCGCACUCGAAGGUGAGGCAUCUUGCUGCGGGCCUAGCCCCAAGGUGAAUAUCAAAUCAUGCUGCGAACCCGAAUCCGAUUCCUCCGCAGAGGCCUGCCAGAAACAAGCGACUUCCAUGCCAACUGAUGCCGAGACGCUAGUCACUCAGCUAGGUAUCAAAGACCUCAAUGAAUGGGCAGGCUCCUUCCAAGUGUAUGCUAUCAAACCAUUACGGGUGUGAAGGACCGCAUGUUACCGACAUCCGAGGGCGGGUUGCGAAGUACAUCGUUGAGCCUACAGAAUGCCUCUGAGAAUAUGAGAAUCCUAAAGCGGCACUGGCUUCCCAACUACUUAUUCAAUAUCUUGUGCACGAAAGUCUGGGCUUUGUGAAUUGUGAUUGGUGAUGUGGCCGCCGGGGAAGUGAGAUGGCAACCAAC